AUGCUGGGCCAACUCACGGGUUCCGCCAUGCUCUUGGCCGCAACCGCUAUCUUCCUUUACUACACGGCGUGGACGCUGUUGAUGCCCUUUGUUGACCCGGGUCACCCUCUUCAUGACUUGUUUCCCCCGCGUGUUUGGGCCAUCCGAAUCCCCGUCAUCCUGACCCUCCUAGGCUCCGCGGUGGUGGGAACUUUCAUAGCGAUUGUGAUGAUUAACAGCAACAAGAAGCGGGCCGCCAAAGCCAAGGCUGCGGCGAAGAAGAAGGCCUGA